UGUGGCACGUGAAAGAAAACUUGUUAGUCGGGGAAUUGAGGGUGGAGCGGGCAACGCAACGCGACGGGAUUUUACCAGCUCCGCAUCCUUCGGCGACGCCACCCACUCUUCCAACGCUUGUAGGAGAACAAAUUAAAUCUCCAUCAAUCAUGAAACAGAAUGUUGCACAAGAUAACACCAACUCAUAUCCGAAGAAAUCAAUCCCACCCUACAUGAAGGCAAUCUCUGGCUCAAUUGGAGGGAUUAUGGAGGCUUCUUGCCUGCAACCCAUUGAUGUGAUCAAGACCAGAUUGCAGCUUGAUAGAUCAGGAAAUUACAAGGGAAUACUGCAUUGUGGUACGACAAUUACACGAACAGAAGGGGUACGGGCUUUAUGGAAAGGAUUAACACCUUUUGCCACACAUUUGACCUUGAAGUAUGCACUUCGAAUGGGUUCAAAUGCUGUACUUCAAUCAGCAUUUAAGGACCCUGAGACUGGGAAGGUUAGCAGUCAUGGGCGGUUCCUUUCUGGGUUUGGUGCUGGGGUGCUUGAGGCUAUUAUUAUUGUCACGCCAUUUGAGGUUGUGAAGAUAAGAUUGCAGCAGCAGAGAGGUCUAAGCCCUGAGCUUUUGAAAUAUAAAGGUCCUGUUCAUUGUGCUCGAAUGAUAAUUAGGGAAGAAGGCUUUCGUGGGCUUUGGGCAGGAGUUGCUCCAACUGUAAUGCGUAAUGGGACAAAUCAAUCUGCCAUGUUUACUGCCAAAAAUGCUUUUGAUGUGCUUUUAUGGAAGAAACAUGAAGGGGAUGGGAAAGUCCUCCAACCAUGGCAAUCUAUGAUUUCUGGAUUCCUUGCAGGUACAGCAGGUCCUAUUUGUACUGGUCCAUUUGAUGUGGUGAAAACAAGGUUGAUGGCUCAGAGCCGAGAGGGGGGUGAACUGAAAUACAAGGGUAUGAUUCAUGCCAUUAGAACAAUAUAUGCCGAAGAAGGAAUUCGUGCUUUAUGGAAAGGUCUGUUGCCUCGACUCAUGAGGAUCCCUCCUGGACAGGCCAUUAUGUGGGCUGUGGCUGAUCAAGUAAUUGGUUUGUAUGAGAGAAGAUAUCUUCAAACUUCAGCGUUGUAGUUUUUCUUUUCUUUGCAUUAUUUUUUACAUUAGUUCCAUUGCAAGGCUACAAAAUUCAUUUUAGCCUCUGUCUACCGUUUAUUUACUUGAGUCCCUUGAAUUUGUUGAGUGGACCAUUAGGGUCCAUAAUUGCAGCCUAGAGUCAGUCACUCGAGAAGUAUUCUCAGUAGUCACUCGAGAACUACUAGUUAGCAUGCUUUUUCACGUGUAUUUUUGGCUAUAUGUCAAGCGAUCUAAAAUAAUCUCAAAUUCUAUUUUCUGGAAAG